GAUGAUGAUGAUGAUGAUGUUUUCCGGGAGCUUGAACGCACUGACCCUGUUGUUGUGGAUUACGGCCGCGACGGGUCCGGGAAGUGUCUCCGGCGCGAGGAGGCAGGAGGAGUCCUUCUUCACCGGCAGCGUCUACCGAGCGAGGUGCGCCUCGAGGUGCCUCAGCCUCCACAUCACCCGCAUCUCUGCCUUCUUCAAGCACUCCCAGAAUAAUGGAUCCUUGGUAUGGUGCCAGAAUCACAAGCAGUGCUCCAAGUGUCUGGAGCCCUGCAAGGAGUCCUGGGACCUGAAAGAAAACCAGUGCCAAGAUUUAUGUGAGCCCCUAUUUCCCAAGAAGCACUAUGAGUGUCUGACAAGCUGUGAGUUCUUAAAGUCUGUGGAGGGAGUGAAGCAAGGCGACUGCCCUGCACCCGAGAAGGCCAGUGGCUUCGCUGCAGCCUGUGUGGAGAGCUGCGAGGAGGACGGAGAGUGCUCAGGAGUCAARAAGUGCUGCAGCAACGGCUGCGGCCACACCUGCCAGGUCCCCAAGAAUCUCUACAAAGGAGUCCCCCUGAAGCCGAGGAAGGAUCUGGUGUUCUUGGAACAGCCUUCAGGUCAGCUGGAGAUUCGCUGGUCGUCCAAGUUCAACAUCUCGGUGGAGCCCGUCCUCUACGUGGUGCAGCGCCGCUGGAACUACGGCAUCCACCCCAGCGAGGAUGAUGCGACGGAGUGGCAAACAGUUGCUCAGACUGCAGAGGAGCGCAUCCAACUGGCUGACAUCAGAGCCAGCAGAUGGUACCAGUUCAGAGUUGCAGCAGUCAAUGUCCACGGGACCCGCGGCUUCACUGCGCCCAGUAAACACUUCCGCUCCUCCAGAGAUCCAUCCUCCCCUCCCAGCCCAACUAAUCUGCACGUCACCAAUGUGACAUUGGGGGAUGAAGGCCUGGUGACAGUUCAUCUCAACUGGACUCUGCCAGAAGAGCCUGAUAUUCCCAUACACCACUACAAAGUGUUCUGGAGCUGGACUGUGCCCAGCAARUCGAUGGUGCCAUCUAAGAAGAAGAGGAGAAAGACCACCAAUGGGGCUCAAAGCUGGGUGGAUCUGGAGGGACUGCAGCAGAAUAGCAGCUACACUGUGGAGCUGCAGGCUGUCACCUACUGGGGACAGGUGCGCCUGAAGAGCUCCAAGGCCUCACUCCACUUCAGUACCUCCCAGAAUAACGAGUCAGCAAAACUGGUGCUCAAGUCAAAGAAGGAGGAGAUAUCCUCUCUUGGUGCGACCUUGGCCAAACGCCCCUCUGGCCCUCUUGAAGUAGGCACGCCCUUCUACCAGGACGGUCAACUGCAGGUCCGAGUCUAYUGGAAGAAACGAGGAGAUCCGACUGUAAGUCGCUACCACGUCCAGUGGAUGCCUGAGUACUGCAGCCACAAUGAGACUCGAGGACCAUCAAAAUCCGUCACGCAGGAGAACUACAUCAACCUCCCAGGUCUGCUGUUCUCCUGCAAGUACAAAGUCACCGUUCACCUAUUGAAGUCCAAGAAACGCUCCAAGGACGAGAGCACCACCUUCUUCACCCCAUCCUGCGCUACCAUCCGGAGCAAGACUCACAAACACAUCCCCUGCCCGGGGGAGGGAGUUACAGUGCUUCCAAAGGUUUUGGCUAAACCAGAAAACCUGACAGCCUCUUUCUCCAUUAAUGAGGGAAACAUAACCGGCAGUUUCCUGUGGCGUGUAUCCAAGGUGGCUCCUCAUCAGCGAAUCACAGGCUUCCAGGUCACCUGGGCCGAGAUAAACACAGAAAGCCGGCAAAACAGCCUGCCCAAUAGCAUCAUAUCGCAGUCCCAGAUCCUGCCUCCGGAUCAUAAUUUGCUCGUAGUGUCCAACCUGCGGCCGUCCACCUACUACAGGCUGGAGGUGCAGGUCAUAACAACUGGAGGAGAGGGUCCUGCCACUGUCAAGACCUUCCAGACCCCGAAUAUAUUACCGGUCAUACAGCAUCGACCCAGACUCCGGCAGCACCACCCCCAUCACCAGAAGCCGUCGGUGGAGAGACACUGAGUGUUCAAAUCGAAGCAAACCCAACAGGGAGAAGAACCYGCAGCUCUCUCCUCAUCUCUGCCAGGGAAGGAAAGCGUGGAGCCAAACAAGGAGCACCGCACGCCAGACCAUGAAGUGACAACCCCUACCCUUCUUCCUUCUUAAGACUCUACAACACGUCAGCUCCUUCUUAUCCACACUCUCUUUUCACCAGACGGGUUUGUGUGUGUACAGAAAAACUUAUACUUCAUACUCUGCCCCCCCCCCCCCCCCYCCCCGCCUCACAGACUCAAACAGGAAGUGAUGAAAGAACUCUAAAAUGUGUUGCAAUCCAGUCGUGCACAACAGAACGCCCUCUGGCUGGAUGUGGUAAAAGCCUGGUUUUUUUUUGGGGGGGGGGGGAUUCGAUGGGACAGGGUCAGACAGUAGGAAAAAACAGAACCUUUGUUUACUCUUGAAAUGAAAUGUAGAAACUCAUCUAUUUAUUUUGUGUUACCCUUUAAAGAGGCGCUUAGACAUCCAGUCUGAACUGAUGCACCCAAAGUCUUGUCUAACCCAGAAUAUCUCAUGUAGUAUGUUGCAUGUAGUACAUUUGAUUUUAGAGCUGUAAAUGAAUUACUUGCUUCGAGUUGCAUGAUGACCGUUAGCAUCCCCGUCGGCAUGAAACAAUGUCUGUGUUACCUCUUUUCAAUAUCCUAGCCAUAUUUCCCUAACAGAUUAACAAAUAAAUAUAUUGGAAUUAAUAUGUCAUGUUUAUUAAUAAAAUUAUAACUCGUGAGGAAAUGAAUUGUACAUGUUCUUGGCUGUAGAAAUAUUUGUCCCGGAACAGUCAGUGAAUGUCUAUAUUUAUUUAUGUGUGUACUACAAAGUUUGGUUUUGAUGUGCGUGAAUGUGGAUGUUUGUGUGUUUUGUUUUAUUUUUGUCUCAAAUUUUUGAUCCAAGGAAAAGAAAAAAAAAAUCUUGUAAAGACAUUUUGUAAAAAUGGAAUUGUAAAUAGAGUCUUAUGUUACAUGUUAUUUUUCCAUGCUAGAAACUGUACAAACGGCUAAGUAAUAAAACAAUCCUUAACCUGUG